CUGAAGACCAGUGCAGGAUCUGUCAAGACUAUAUGACAGCGUCCAUGCACGUCGUCCUCUAGUCCCGCUUAACCACCUGCUCUGGAGCUGCAUGUCGAGUUGCUUUUGGAAUUUGGAUGUUCAGGGCUGGAAACUAUCAAGUCUCGGUGACGACUACGGUUGCUGUGUCGCACUUCCUUGUGCUUCCCCUCCCCACACCGGGUUGUUGGAGCUAUAGGCUCAGAUUAUGUAGCUCGGUGAAAUUGUCUCAUCACUCAAGGCUGGUUGCGUGGUGCGCUGACUGACAGGAUGUAGAUAGUUCGAUUGCUGAGAAGCCGUGCUUUGUGAGGCAAGGUCGAUCCGACUGGCUGCUCUUUGGCAAAAUUAGGGAUGGUUGUGUGAAAAGACACACAAGAGGUGGCACAGCUAUGAAGCUCAAUUACGUGUCAGGUGUUGCAGUAGCCGUUCUGUUAGCGUGUGUUCUUGUGGAAGGAGCUCCUUUCCCCGCACCAUUGAUUAAACUUUGUAAAAGUACGCAGGGAUGUUGUCCCCUACCGGAUUCUAGGACUCCAGUGGAUUUCACUUUUCGACCCAACCUGCCGAUUAGAAUACGCCGUGCUGCUCAUCUUGCCGACGAUGCCUACAUUGCUAAAUACCGACUUGCGUAUAAGAGGAUGGCAGCUCUUCCGAACACAGACCCUCGCUCCUUGUAUGCACAAGCGAAUUUGCACUGUGCCUACUGUGGCGGAGCAUUCAAAUUUAAUGGUAGUAGUUGGCCACUGGAGAUUCAUGGCGGUUGGUUUUUCUUCGCGUGGCACCGAGCAUUCCUCUACUUCCACGAGCGGAUACUUGCGAGUCUGAUUGGGGACGAUUCGUUCUCACUGUUGUUCUGGAACUGGGACAACCAGUCGCCGGGAGCAGUACAGGGGAAUGUCAUGCCCAGCUUCUUCGACGAUCCGAUCGACAACCCCCUAUACAAUGCAAAUCGAGACCAGUGCGCUCGUCCUCCCAAUGUCGUCGACCUCGGGUAUAUAUCUCAAACUCCGGGUGGGCCAUGUCCAGACAGCUUGGGGCUGGAUACCUAUAACAAUGACAUCAUGAGACUUCAGAUGGCCGCUGAAACAGCGAGGCUCUUCCAUGGAGCUCCAGUCAGAUACAAUACACGAGGAGGCAGGAGUCCAGGAAACGUUGAGCGCACUCCUCACGGAAAUGUUCAUAUUUUCACAGGUGAUCCUUCGGCCAACACCCGCGUGAACCCACUAACGCUGAAGCCAUACGCUGUCAGGGACGACAUGGGGAACCUCAACCGGGCAGCUGUAGACCCACUGUUCUACUCGCAUCACGCCAACUUGGAUCGUCUGUGGGCUUUCUGGAUAGCUCAAGGUGGUAUGCACUCUGAUUACAACGACCCUGAUUACCUGAAUUCCAAAUUUAUUUUCUACGACGAGAACAAGACCCUGAUUUCCAUAUCGGUUAGCCAGGUCUUGAACUUGGCCAACUUGAGAUACGAUUACGAUCAGGGUGACAACCUCUGGACGAUUGAACCACCACUAGACCCACCACUAGCACCGGCAGCUGCACCGGUCACUAUAGCGAGUAUCAUGAGUUUUGAAUCUAGGGAUGAAUCACCGCCACCACCACCAUCUGGGCCGAGAAUCUGCUCACCCCCCAACAGUCCAAGGCUAGGACGUAUGAUCAAGAAUGCCAAAUUGCUGAAAAAGGGCUGGACGGUAUUCUCCGGUGAGCCCCUCACGUUUCGUGCUCGCCGAAUUGAUCCCUCCGGAAACAGUUUUGAAUACCUGACAAUCAACGACCUGGUACUGGAUUGGACCAAGCCUGCGCAGAUUCACGCUUUUCUCUUCCUCCCAAGCGCCACUGAAUACUCCACCGGCUGCCAUGAGUUCUUCGGCACAUUCUCCCACAUACCUCAAGCAGAUCACCAUCGACCCAGUGAUUUCAGCAUGCAAUGGACAUUGGGACUGACGAGUAAGCUGCAGGAUAUAAGAAAGCCGUAUGUAUCGCAUGUUGUUGUCACUCUCGUGCAGGUUGAGUCUAACCAACAGAUUAAGUUCAAGGGUAUCACGAUGGAGAUCGAUAGAAAGUGGUGAUUUUGUGGACAGGAUCAGAGUAGACGUCACUCAUUCAUUUGCACCAGACAUGGUUUGCACACAACAAAUUGUUUUUAACUUAUUCAGAGGAGUAGUCAUUGCUACUGUCUUGCAUAUUAUUUGUUUAAAGCAAAUGUUGGAUUUGGGGUUUGUGAGCCCCCACCUGUGACUUCAAGUCUUUGGAUUCAUUCCAUCCAGCAAUAAAAAUCUUCUCACUUGUGCUACCAUA